GGGUGGGAUCUGUAAGACUUGACUUUGCUCUGAGAGGUUUAAAACGAGGCUUCAUCAUGGACAGGCCGAUAAGCAAAUUGUUGGAGAAGUUAAAGCGGACAGAAUCGGGCAGUGUGAAAUUCAACAGUUCAAAGAAAAAGCUCGACUCUGCCAGCAACUCCAAUAACAGCAACGCCAACCCUGGCAUCUCCGGAGGCAGCGGUCUGCCACCGGCUCCCGGCGCUGCAGCUGCCUCGCCCUCAAGACCCGGCCAGUUCUCGCUUGCCUCUGCAACCACAAGCGAUACAUGUGUUCCAGCCGGUGGGAGAGGAGGAGGAGGAGGAGGAGGAGGAGGAGGAGGAGGGGGAGGAGGGGGAGGGAUGGGAAUGACUCCCCCACAGCUCCUCACCCCGCCGCCACCUUCCUCCAACGUGGGCGCUGUAUCCCAAGAUGGCGAGCAGCUGCUUCACCCUUCCACCUUGGCUCCGCUGAGGCGCCGCUCCCCCCAGCAGAGGGCGUCCUGUUACCUGGGCGAAGGCGUCGACUCCCACCUGAGGCGCGAGUCCGGCCUGGGCCCCGAGUGCGACCCGUCGGGGGCGUUUGGCUCCAAGGCGUCCCUCAACCAGCGCCGCUACUCGCUGGAGCUCCAGCAGCUGGUCAGACGGCAGCAGCUCCUCUCGCAGCCGCCGCCUCUGUCUGUCCCCCCGCUGUACCCUGCCUACAUGGGCUCGGCUCCCAGAGGGGGUCUGGCGGAGCCGGGCUACCUCUCCGAGCCUGAGAGGCACAAACGCCUCUCUCUCCAGGAGGCUCUGUUUUACAAACGGCUGAGCACCGGGAGUGAACUCUGGGAGAGCACCAGGCCGGCGUCCCUCUCGCAUCCACCACAUCGAACAUCCGAUAUGCCCGGAGGAGGCUUCUUUUACCCCCCCGGACCAACCCUGAGCCCAUGCUCGUCGUUCAGCCUCCAGGAGUCCGUGCUGGUCAGCCCCAGGUCCAGCUUCGCUUCUAGCACUGCUAGCGGCGGCGGCGGCGGGAGCCCCAUGGGGAGUCGCUGCAGCAGCAACCGCACCAGCGGCAUCAGCCUGGGCUUCGACUCCCGGUACUCCGCCUCUGGAGGCUUCCCUCCGCAGCAGCAGUCCCCCUCCAUGCAGUCGGGGGGCUCCGCUGCUGGGUGCGGGGUCAGGGCUGGAGUGACCCCCGUGGAGGCUUGGAAUCAGUACCUCGAGGGAGGGAUGCGCCAAGGCGCCCAAGACAGCCGGCACUCUUACCCACCGGCUGUCGGAAGUCCGUGCUACCAGGCCGGCCCCGAGUGGUGGGAGGAACAGCAGACGGGAGUGCGGGUCAAAGAAGGAGCCGCGAUGGGCGACAGGGCCCGAUACUCAGACCUGCCCGGCACCCGGUACCAGGAGGAGAUCACCCGACUCAUCCUGAGGGAUGCAGCGCUGGAAGGCGGCGGGCUCAUGGAGGGCCUGAUGCUGAAGGAGCAGUCUCAGGCGCUGACGGCUCUCUCCAAACCCAACACGACGACACUCGGGCCGUGCUCAGCCGGAGUGCCCGGCAAGCCUCUGGAGGAUCCUGGAGCCGGGAGGGAGGGAGGAGAGAACCGGCAGGAGUUCUUUGGAACCUGCGUGAAGUGUGGGAAAGGCGUGUACGGAGCGGAUAACGCCUGCCAGGCUCUGGAUAGCCUCUAUCACACACGCUGCUUCACCUGUGUGUCCUGUGGACGCACCCUGAGAAACAAGGACUUCUACAAUGUCAACGGCUCUGUGUACUGUAAAGAGGAUUACAUGUUUUCAGGGUUCCAGGCUGCCGCGGAGAAGUGUAGUGUGUGUGGCCACCUGAUUCUCGAGCAGAUCCUGCAGGCUCUCGGGAACUCGUACCAUCCGGGCUGUUUUCGCUGCGUGCGGUGCUCCAAGGCUCUGGACGGCGUGCCUUUCACUGUGGACCAUCAGAGCAACAUCUACUGCGUGGCAGACUACAACAAGACUUUUGCUCCAAAGUGUGCUGCUUGUUUACAACCCAUCUUACCUACUGAGGGCAGUGAAGAGAUCCUCAGGGUCGUGUCUAUGAACAAGGACUAUCACUUUGAGUGCUACCACUGUGAGGAGUGCCAUAAGCAGCUCUCCGAUAAGCCCGGCUCGCAGUGCUUCCCUCUGGACUCUCAUCUCCUCUGCCACUCCUGUCACAUGAGCCGAGCUUGCGCCACACACAACAUUCCCCCUCACAACAACAACACACACUGAUCAGUUCCUGUGCAGCUGCGGAUGUUAUGAAAAGCUGGUCUUAACGUGCCGUCAUUCCCCGCGUGCUUUAGCUCCGCCUUUCUUUCUUUCUUCUUUCCUUCAGAGAUAAAACUGCUGAUAUUAAGACAUUUCCACUGACUCACUCUGGGGUCAGUCCUUUGUGUUACAUGUACUGCCUGCUGUCCUUCUUGUACUGAUACUGUAACAUAAUUAUAAGGGAACGGGGAAGAAACUACUGCUUUUUUUUUUACCCACAUGUGGCUACUGUUUGCUGUAGAAGAACAAGGGAUUUUGCUAAACUGUUUUGUAAAUAUUGUCGCUAGCAAACAUUUUGCACUUAAAUUGGACUUUACUGUAAGAGAUGUGUUUAGUGAAUCUGUACAAUUUGGGGGAAACAUUGCUGUAAUUUCUGCAUGUUGUAAUAAAUAUUCUCAUUGUGUUUGAACCUA